CUCAUUCUUCUGAGGCAACUAUCUUCUCUCUCUCCUUCCAACUAACUUCUUCGUAGCAGUUCUUUCGCAGAAAAUUUCUGUGACUCCAGAGGGAAAUAAAGCUGGAAAAAAGAGUCCAGUAGUAAUAUUAAGCAAAGAAAAGAAGUAGAUCAGCACAGGAACAUCAAAGGAAGAUGGGUUUUGUGGAACUGUUGGAGGUGGCUUCUAUGCCAAUUAUUCAAGUCCUUCUUGUCAGUGCAUUGGGAGCUUUGAUGGCAACUCGGUAUUUCGAUAAUCUUCUUUCACCUGAUAUCCGGAAAGCUUUGAACAAGAUUGUCUUCCUUAUAUUCACUCCUUCACUUAUAUUUUCCAGUUUCGCCAUGAGUGUUUCACUUGAAGAUAUGAUAUCAUGGUGGUUUAUGCCAGUUAACGUUGGACUUACCUUCUUAAUUGGAGGAAUCAUCGGAUGGAUACUUGUGAAAUUACUGAAGCCUAAUCUGAAAGUGGAAGGUCUUAUUAUUGCUGCGUGUUCAUCAGGAAACUUGGGGAACCUUCCUCUUGUUAUUAUCCCUGCUAUCUGUGACGAGAAGGGAGGACCAUUUGGUGAGCGUGAUGUUUGCCGCAGUAAUGGACUCUCUUAUGCAUCUUUCUCUAUGGCGCUUGGUGGCAUCUUCAUCUGGACCUACACUUUACAGACUAUAAAAAGCAGAUCAUUGAAAUUUAAGGCACUCGAGGCUGCUGAGAUCAUGAAGGUUCCCAACAAAGAGUUUGAUGCUAAUGCAGAAACUCUCCUUCUCAAGGAUAAUGACAUCCAAAACACCAUAGAAGUGCCCACAUCUACCUAUUAUGGUGACACUGAAAACCAAAUUCCUGUAGACCAAGAUCAGUCCAGUGGAUCAGAGAAGACGGAAUCGCUAUGGCAUAGAAUAGUGGAAGUUAUUAGUCAGUUUCUGGAAGAACUCAUGUCACCACCAGCAAUUGCAACAUUUCUUGGUUUUCUCUUUGGUGGGGUUGCAUGGCUAAGGAACCUAAUAAUCGGAGACAAUGCUCCACUGCGUGUCAUCCAAGACUCUCUCCAAUUACUAGGGAAUGGAACCAUUCCUUGCAUCACCCUUUUGCUUGGUGGUAACCUCACUCAAGUAGGCUUGAAAUCGUCUGCUAUCAAACCAUUGACCCUCAUCAGCAUCAUCAUAGGCCGACUUUUCCUGCUACCUUUGAUUGGACUGUUCAUUGUAAAAGCAGCAGCAAAUUUUGGAUUACUCCCGGUUGAUCCUUUGUUUCAGUAUGUGCUGGUGAUGCAGUAUGCCAUGCCACCGGCUAUGAAUAUCAGUACCAUGGCUCAGCUGUUUGAUGUAGGAAAUGAAGAGUGUUCAGUUAUACUGCUAUGGACAUAUAGUGCUGCAGCCAUAGCACUCACUGCUUGGUCAACAUUCCUCUUGUGGGUAUUAUCUUAAGGUGUCUUUGGUUCCUGAUGACUUUACUAAAACAAAAAAGAGAAAAAAAAAAUACAGAAACUCUUCAGAAGAUCAAACUCUUGUACAUACUAUGGCUGUGUGACUGACUCUGUUAUACAGCAGUUUUCUUUCACCCCUUCUGUUCUGUUCGAGGUCACAUGAAGAAAGAGGAAUUUUUAGUGUAAUUUUGGCUUUGGUUGUUCUUGUAUCAACCUCUGCUACACAGCAAAGAAGUUAGAUGACUGAAGAGUCAGUCUUCUAUGAUUAGGUUUUUAGUGUUUUUCUAUUUAUAUAGUUCUCGUUUGGAAAAAGAAUAGAAGGUCCAAUUUUUCUCAUUCUUUGUAUUUUAUUCAUUUUUGUUUCUAUUCUUGCAGUUGUAAUUUAGUAACGAGUCUAUUUUAUUUGAAUGUUCAU